CCUGACAUCGACCUUCGUGCCGCACACGUUACCUUGUAUGCGUGGCCAAGUGUCGGCUGUAAAACUAUACUCACGUUACACACCACUUGUCUUCUCCAACGGUCACCCGGGCAUCAACUUAUCAUGGCUCCCUAUACAGUAGCCUUGGUGUUGACACUUGUGGUGUCACUCCUAGCUACUGCCGUCUCUCUGGAAGAAGAUGCCGAAAUAGAAUCAGACGAGUUUGACGUCAAACCAGUUAGUACAGAGAAACGGGUGUACGGAGGGAAAGAAAUUCUUCCUCCGCCGACAAGUUUAACAGUGACAGAGGAGAUAUGGUUUGAUUUGAGGAUUCAAGACUACUAUGGCCCUGAUGAAGACUUCACAGGAAGAGUGACAAUUGGUUGUUUUGGCAAACUCACCCCCAUCACGUGUCUCAAUUUUGUUUCUCUGGCCAAAGGCUACAAAAAGGGAAGGUCAACAAUGAGUUACAAAAACACCAAAGUGCAGACGAUAGUUCGUGACUUCAUGAUUCAGAUGGGAGAUGUUAGAACUAAACACGAAUCAGGUAACAGCAUAUUCGGCAACAACUUCCAGGAUGAGAGCUUCGCCAUCAGCCACAACCACGCUGGGUGGGUCGGCAUGGCCAACUUUGGUCCGGACACCAACGGCUCACAGUUCUACGUCCUUCUCAGGUCCGCCCGGUGGUUGGACGGUAGAUACGUCAUCUUCGGGAAGGUUCUCUCAGGAAUGGAUACAAUUGAGAAAAUUGGCUUAGAAGAAACAGACAAAAGCCAGAAUCCAAUCCGUCCAGUUACAAUUGAUGAUUGUGGUGUUGUUGGCUUGACAGAUCCCUACACAUUAACAGCUGAUCAGUUUAACACAGAUGGAGACAUUGCCAAAGAUAAAAAUUAGAACAUGUGUUUCUAGAUUAUUUGAAAUGUAACUUUGUUUUUGUAUAAUUACAUUGUAUGUCAUGUUUGGACUAUGGAAUGACUGUCAAUGAAAUUCAAUCUGGAAGUAGUGAAAGACUCAAGGUAAAAAGUUACCCAAUAAAUAGUUCCUAGUCUGAUGCAUGAGUUACUUAAGCAAAUGUGUUUUUAGAAUGUUGUGAGUUUAGGUGAAAAGGGAUAUGUGUCAUAACACUAGCCAAAACUGUCAUUUUUACUAAUGAUAUCAUUAUCAAUAAACAAUUUAUAGUC